AUGGAGGUCGAUAGCCACGGAACCGACUUGUCGGACUCCUCCUCCUCCGCACCCCACCCAGCUCUCCUCGACCCCUCCACACCCGAGACCCAUUCCUACCUAUCCACUCUACCUGGGAACCUUCGUCCCAUAUCCCCUUAUCUCGCAACCCUACAUGACGCCCGACUGCGCAUGCUGUCAAUCCACUUCCGGUCUCCUAUCCGGUGGUGUGUCAACUGCGGUAGUCUGCGGGACACCUCUCUCGGCGGUUCAGCCUCAUCGUCGGUCCCACCGGCGGAAAUGGAGGAGGCGGGCAAUCUAGCUCGAGCGGCGAAGAAGGGAGGAAGAUCGCCAAAGAAAUCGCCUAAGAAGUCGCCCGCUCGGGCUUCUCCGUUGGGGAGUAAUUGUCCAGCAUGCGGGGAGCGGUUCAGGCGGUCUGCAAAAGUAGGGGCCAAGGCGGUGGCGGAUCCCGUAACGCUGGCGAGCUUGAAGCCAGCGAGGGUGGUGCGGCAGACGAGACUGCAGGCUCAGUCGGGGACUGUGGUCGGAGGGGAUGUAACCCCAACAUCGAUCGGCACAGAAACGCCGGUUCCUGCUUUGGAGACAACCCCUCUCGCCGUCACCCCACUGGAAGAUGACCCCAUGGGUAUCGACACGUCCUCCUCUACCUUAAUACCGCUUCCUGAUCCCACUCUCCGCGCAAACCCCCUUACUGCCCCCAAACUCCGGUACAUCCCCUCCACAUCCCCCUCACCACCGACCUACGUACAACCCCCGCCUGUUCGGGCAUCUCCUGCGGCAUCCCCUGGACCAACGGCAAGCGGGGUUAAGGCGGAAGGCGAGGGCGCUAAGCGAAAGAAGAAGAAGGCGUCCGGACUGGCGAAGUUGUUGGCGCAGAGUAAGGAGAGGGAGGAGGGGCAGAAUGGGGGAAAAUGGGGAUUCGGAUAA